GGGUAAGUCUCGCUUUUCGAGAAAAAUACGACAACUCCUGAAAAGUGCUUGUGCAAAAGUGUAGCAAUGACUUGAAGUGGAAAGGAAGUCAACCGACUGUGGGAUAGCAACUAAGACGAUAGGGAUCGAUUUUGCCAAAUCCUAGAUUCACCGAAGCAUGGUUUGUCAAAAAUCUGCUAUUUUAAGAAGACUUGGGCGCUUGUUAUAUAAUUGAGAAGAGAGGCACCCGCACAUGAGAAAGGGAUGAAUGUUGGUAAUAUUCGCGGGUUUUACUGAAUUUAAAUAAUAGAUGAAGCAGCAGAUGAGUUAAGUUAACAAAUUCGCAAUGUUAAUACGAAACAUGUGUACAUACCCAGUGGGCACGUUCAAGAACAUCUUUAAAACGGCUUAAAAAUGUCCUAAGACAGUCCAUAUAACAUUCCAUAAAGAUACAAUGUUUCAGCGACGUUUUAUAGACGUAGUUCGAACAUCAAACGUUUUUAGAACGUUAUUUGAUCUGACUUAGGACAGUUUUGAAAACGUUCAAAUAACGUCUUUUGACUUGCAAGUCCUAAAAACGUUUUUAGGACGUUCGAAUUACGUUCUAAAAUUGUGUGCCCACUGGGUAUGUGACGUGCGCCGAAGAAAGGGGACUUACUCUAAAAAGUAAGAGUAUUCAGGGCGAGAGGUCGAAGUUGACCCGACAGACGCGACUUUUAGGAGAGAGGGAAGAGUCACGAAAUCUUACCUCUCCUCUUGUCACUAAAUUCUCACGGAAAGAGAUAGGUCAUAGACGCGGCUCACGGACGGGGUAUAGGUGAGACGCGGAGAUGCAGUCUUACAGGAGGAUUUGAAAAAUUAUAUGCGAGUAGAAUUGUAUCUAACCGCAAACAUUUUGCUAAAGAAGGGAACGUUACCGCACAUUUUCAAGGGUCAGCCAAAUCGUAAGCGCGCUUCCUCAAAACCAACAAGAGCAGGAGUUUUAAAAUUUCGAAAAUUUCGAGUCUUAGCAGAAGUUGAACAGCAGCACCAAGCGCAAACAGCAAUUCAAAUCGAAGAAGAAUGUCAAGAACGAACAAACACUGAAGAUUUUGAGGAGGUAAAUACUCGCGAAAAUUGAAAAACAUCUAAAUAUUAUAAUUGGAAUAGAGUAUACAAUUUCAAACAGGGAAGAAGACCUUCACAGUAUUCAAAUUAAUAAAGAUCCUGAAGAAAUAGGAUUAAAAGUCAUAAUAGUGGAUCGUGGAACUCAAACUCUACAAGUUACAAAGCCACAUUUUCGUAGUAGAGCUGUUUCAUGUCGACCGAAAACCGAUGAUGUUCGUUGUUUGCCUAUAAAACAAACUAACAAUUAUUUGGUUCACCAAAUGAAAGCAAAUUUGCUGUAAAUAAAAAUGAGUCUCGUUUGAACUAAUACAUGCAUUCGAGUAGAAUGAGGGUUGCUUCUGAAUGUUCUGAAAAAAGUUUCGACGACUCUGCUGAUAGCCAAUUAUUACCGAAAUCAAAACUAAUGAUUCUUUCCAAAGACUGGGCAUCGAAUUCUGCUCGUUAUAGUCACGUUCAAUCUCUUAUUAAUUGUUUUGAGAUUGCCAUUCGGAAACCAGAUAGUCUUACAAAUUUCAUCUCAGAAGGCUUUGGAGGAAAAGCUUCGGAUGUAGCGAUAGUUGAACAUUUUAAUUAUCUAACAACUCUGCCGAGGAAUGCUGCCGUUAUGGCUGAUCGAGGUUUUAAGUUUCUUGAUCAACUUUCUUUGCACAAAAUUGUACUCUCAUUCGUCCUCCUAGUGGCACUGCUAAGAAAGCUAACAAAAGAACAAGUUACUGAAACUAGAAGAAUUGCGAGUUUAAGGAUUCACAUCGAGCGAGUUAUUGAAAGGUUCAGAUACUUCGUAACGUUUAAACCUCGUGCGCGCAUCCCAAUUGAAGGUCUAGACCUUCUUGACUAUGCUAAAAAUAGCAUGUGGCCUGCUAAGUCUACAUUCAUGUAUAUUAAGAUAGUAAAGUUUUUAAGCAAGUUAUUACGUACUAUGCUAAAUAAAUUUAGUUCAGAUUUUUGACCCCUUAAUGUUAUGCAAUUUUUCGUUCGUAUUUUAUCUGUAUUUAUAAACAAAAAACUUUGCAAUG